AACAAUCGGUGCGAUGAAUAGCGAACGCGGGGCGGGAGUGGAAGCUGGCUCUGUUGCCGCAAGUGACGUAUUUCGGAGAUUGUGAUUUGGUUUUGACAAAAGUGUUUGAAUGAAAAAGUUAGCUCUUCAUCAUUGUACGAUAUUCUUCUCCUUUUAAACUUAAAUUUCGGAAAUCGAGUCGAAAAGAUUGUCUGCAUUCGUGUUAUUUGUGUAUGUGUUUGUUAAAAGACGUUCAGCCAGCAUGGUGCAGUUGACUACUAGGUGUCGACUCAUUUUAAUAUCGUGAGACAGAACGCUUCGAACCCACCAUUCUGUUAGUGAAUAAUCAUCAGCACGGAAAUAUAACCUCAACUAGUCAACCAAGCGCAUUGGCUGUGACACUACAUUGCUUGCCCAUCACAUGAAAAUGCACAAGGGGACGCAACUCGAAAUGCACACGGAAGAUCGUUAUGAUUGCACAGUGUGCAACAAGAAGUUUCCAAGAAGUGGAACCCUUCGCGUCCAUCUCCGAACGCACACUGGAGAGAAGCCUUUUGAGUGUACUGUGUGCAAAAAGAAAUUUUCAGAGAGUGGCGGUCUUCGUGUACAUCUCCGAACGCACACUGGAGAGAAGCCUUUUGAGUGUACUGUGUGCAGCAAGCAAUUUUCGGAGAGCGGCAGUCUGCGUAUACAUCUCCGAACGCACACUGGAGAAAAGCCUUUUGAGUGUACUGUGUGCAACAGGAAAUUUUCGGUGCACAGCAAUCUGCGAGCACAUCACCGAACGCACACGGGAGAAAAACCUGUUGAGUGUACUGUGUGCAACAAGAAAUUUUCGACAGGUUCUGAUCUGGGUAAACAUCUCCAAACACAUACCGGAGAGAAGCCUUUUAAAUGUACCGUGUGCAGCAGGAAAUUUUCGAGAAGUGGAACCCUUCGCGUCCAUCUCCGAACGCACACUGGAGAAAAGCCUUUUGAGUGUACUGUGUGCAACAAGCAAUUUUCACAGAGUUGCAAUCUGCGUAAACAUCUCCGAACGCACAUUGGAGAAAAACCCUUUGAGUGUAGUGUGUGCAACAAGAAAUUUUGGACAAGUUCUGAUCUGGGUAUACAUCUCCGAACGCAUACUGGAGAGAAGCCUUUUGAGUGUACUGUGUGCAGCAAGAAAUUUUUGAGAAGCGACAGCUUGCGUGAACAUCUUCGAACGCACACUGGAGAGAAACCUUUUCAGUGUACUCUGUGCAACCAGAAAUUUUCGGUGAGCGGCAGUCUGCGUAAUCAUCUCCGAACGCACACAGGAGAAAAGCCUUUUGAGUGUACUGUGUGUGACAAGAAAUUCUCGAGAAGUUUUCAUUUGCGUGUUCAUCUCCGAACGCACACUGGAGAAAAACCUUUUGAGUGUAAUGUAUGCAACAAGCUCUUUUCGCAAUCUUCUCAUCUGCGUGUACAUCUUGUACGCUAUCACACAGGAGAGGAGCCUCAGGAGAGCUCCUAAAUAAGGAUUCAUAUCGCGAUGUUUUGACGCGCGGAUUUAAGGUUUCAACAAUGCAGGACCAAUCUAUCGUUUCCCAUGAAAUGGUCCCCUUUCAAAGCAAGCCAACCCACACCGAAGAAAAGUUUGUAGAAUGCAAUGUGUGCAACAAGAAAUUUUCG